CGCCGGCGUCCGUUUCGAACAAGAAUGACACUGGCCUCAACGAGGUAGCGUUUGUUGGCAUCGCUUGUGUAGCUCGCCAAUUACGUAUAGCAAACCGUAUAACCGAGUUUAGAUAGAAUGGCGUGGCACGUCUCCCUGACGUGGUUUGUGGCGGCUACCUGCUUCGCUGCCGCGGGUGAGCCCGUCCCAUUCGAGACACCGAGCGGCGUCGAGCAGGGCGAACGUCAGUACAAAGCCGUGCUGGCCAAGAUACCCGAGUACGGGGUGUGCUGGAGCGACGCGGUCGCACGGCUCGAACGAGGAUGCGACGAGCUCACUGAGGAGUUGCAGGGUCGUCUUGCGCUGGCCUUCACGAGCUGCUUUCUGGAGAAGAUGGGCAAGCCACCCAUUCGGUGUCGCGAGUCCCAGCCACUGUCGCUCUGCCCGGCCCUGGCGGAGUUCCUCGAGAAACCCCUGGCCACCUCAUACACCCAGUUCUUCACCCACACGCAGGUGAUUUGUGCGUUCCUACGCAGCCGCAAGUGGCAGGUGGAUGCGGCGCGCACCAUCUCCGAGCUGGGCGCGACCAGCGUGCGCGCCACCGCCGAGCUGAGGCGCGCAGCCGAGACGCAGGCGCAGCUUGCACGGCGGCAGCAGCAGAUGUUUGACAAGACCGAACACCUGAGGCAGGAGCUGGCCAACGCGCACUCGACGCUCCGCGAACACCGGGAGAUGCUUGACACGAGCCUGCUCCGCCUCUCUUAUGUGCAGGCAUUCUUUGUGGACCAGUUUGCAACGCUGCAUUCCCUGGGGUACUACGCCCUAGCCGCGGUGCUUUCCUUCCUCAUGACGACCUCCAAGCGGACAGCUGGUGCCCGUCCCUGGCUACUCAUGCUUUUCCUGGUUAACCUGCUCAUCGAGCGAGCGAUUGUUAAGUGGGCCUCGCAGGACACCAUCGACCGAGCUGCACCGCUAGCGCCAGAUAGCCCCCUGGGUACACACAUCAGUCUGUCCCGCCGUCUCAUCUGCCUGGUGGCCCUGUGCAUGUACCUGUACCAGCUGUACUCGUUCCGUGACUUGGCCGCUGUCAACAACCAGUUGCUGCUGGACCUACAGGCCGAGAUGCAACGCCUGCGCACUUCCCAGUCGCCCUUUGGGAGCCCCCAGCAGCCACAGCAGGAGCAGGAUCCUCGAACGGCCACCACGUGGAGGCCGCCCGAGGGCGAUGCAAUGCGCUGGUUUCCAUUGCACAUUCGUCCUGCUCCCUGCCUGUUCACAAACCGCACAGGCACCGACUCGUCCGAAGAGUCAUCGUCGGAAUCGGAGGAGUCUGAUGGCGGCAUGUGGUCCCUCGACGAUUGGGACGACGACGACGACAACAACAGCAACGACGAUUCACACUUCAGUGAUGAAAGCAACGAUUAUUUUGGUGAUAAUGUAGAAACUGACACCAAGGACGGGGCCGGGUCAGCUACCGAGCGGGACUCGGAUGCCGCCAGCAGUACAGCCAGUGCAGCGCAGUCGGGAUGGAGAGGCUGGUCGAUGUUUGGAACACCGGCCUCGCCUUUGGCCCAGGAGGCACCACCGUCGUCACCGGCGCCACCAUUGUCACCGGCGCCGCCUACCGGUGGCCGCUACAACCUCCGGCCACGGCUGUCACUCAAUUCGUCCAGCGGCCCACUGUCGCCGCCACCGUUACAGUCGCCAAGUCGGCGGCGGGAUCUGGCCCUACCCCGUCAGGUCAUCGAACAGGCUGCCAUCCUUUCGUCGGACGAGGACUGAAACGGACAAAUUUCAGCGUCGUGCACUUUGAGUUGGUUUCUCUGCUAUGCUGCGCUGAUGUGCGGACAAGCAUGGUCUCUUUGCAGUUCCCGUGUUCAUUUGGGCUUCAUGCAUCGUAUCUGUGGAGAAUCCAACUUAAAGUAUGACGCAGCUCAUCUGUGACUAGUGCGUGUUCUAUUAUUUCCACUCGGUUUGCGAAUCGCCGUGCGCACACGAUGGUUUUAAUUUUUUCCGUACGGCGAGUGUUUUGCUCGGACAUCACCGCAGUCAUUUAGGUUUGUUCUUUUUGCGCGUAUUACGAUAAGGCGUUAGCUCACUUGGACCAAGUUAAUGUAAUACACGCUUUAUUCGCAUUUACAUCUUGAAGCCUAAUUGGAAUCCAAGAAACGGGGAGCAUACAUACGUUAAAGCUCGAUUUUUAGAAAUCCUGCAUGGGUACUGGCAUGAAGCAAACCUGCAGGUGUUUUUUUGUGGGCAUUUCACCAUGCAGAACUGAGCACGGAGGUUUGAACAAACAAGUUCUUACAGCUUUUUACUAAUUUGGAAUGGUUUUACUCGUUAAAACAAAACUGCGGCAGUUAGAGCUGCGACUCUUGUUACAUGAGAAAGAUAAUGAUCAUUUGUCAAUCCUGGAAUAAAACGAAACAUUAUCUGCAUUUAUCUGAGAUGCAUAAUGCAACGGAUGCUCCAUGUGCAUGUCUGCGAGAGGUAUUUUUAAGUCAUAUGGUGGGCAUCGGAUUUCAAAUCUAGUUAAUUGUUAGCGCCUGUCUUUCCUGUCACAUAUAGGUUGUGUGGGUAAAUGUCAAGCUGUCCCAACAUUUUUAACAAAAUUGGUUCAAAGUUUGGGCACCUGUUUGCAUUCAAACCUUGAUCCCAUGUUUGGAAUCACGUGACGAAAAAAGAUUAGAACCACUAGAUUGUGCAUAUAUUCAUGCUACGGUUCUCCAUACAUAUAAACAUUUGUUGCCUACUGUUGAACGUGACAUGGGUGCCCAGAGGUGCAUUUUCUGAGGUAAGCCCGAUCUACCUUUAUGAAACAUGGUGGAUUACAGUGAAGCCGCGCUGCAAUGUAGCAUUUGUGUACGACCUCUACCGUGAUUUUCUACUUAAUGAACUUUGAGUUCCGGGUGCGGAUGAUAUGCGCGAAAGUUGGGCUUGCCGACAUGUGUGCCAAAAUCUAGCACCGAAAGAGUUCGGAGCAUUGAACAGCUGCACGGUAGACUGGAGCCAAAUGGUCCUGUUUGAAAACACUGCCUCUUGCAUCCUGGAUAGUGAAAACGGUGCGUUUUUUUUUCAGGCUGAGUCUGUGGUAAAUGGUCAGUGGAGAAGCGCAUGACUUUCGACUGAAAUUUCAUUGCACUUGAAAGGUAUAUAUGUUAUAGGAAAAAAUUAUGAAAGGAAAACAUUAAAGUGUGACAUGACUUCCUGGCAUGAUUACACGUGCUCCUCUAGAAAUGACAGUUCUUUCUGCAACAAACAGACGGAUGCCUUACUAAUGUCACGAUUUAAUGUUGGCUUUGAUAAUUUUUUCCGGUAACAUAUAUACCUUUCGUGUGGAAUAAAAUUUUUGGUGGAAAAUCUGCGCUUGCCCGUGUCAUUCCCUUUACCAUUGUCCCCGUCUGACAAAAUUGCGCCGUUUCCUUUUCACUAUACAUAACCAACUAGCCUAAAACUUCACUUUACUAAGUUACAUGUCUUUUAUCCUGGCAUACACCUCAGUUUUCUGUGCGUAAUGAACAAAGUUAGUCAUAUUAUGGUGCUUUAUUUUAUCUCUUGAAGCGAGUUCUGGCACAAUGCAUUUUUUUGGGUAUGUGUGUGGAAAUCUGAUUUAAUCGUGCGUUGAUUUCCUCCGCGACCGUGUUAGAAUGGUGUGACAUGAGUAUGUGAUUUGAUUUCAUUGUGUUCAUGUUUUACUUCGUGACGAUAAUUUCCUUUUUUAUUUGUUUAAUAAAGACUCAGCUUAGUUUCCUGCAUUCUUAUCAUCGAGUAUACGAGUGUCGAGGGAUGCCACUUGUGAAGCUUAGUACGGGAAGUAGAGCUAUGUCGGUAAAAUUAAAGCAGAGUAAUGGAUGUACACAUAGGCUGACAAACACAAGUUAGCACCUGUGCUGUGUUUCUCGGCCUAUAUGUAUUUCUAUAAUUGUGCUUAAAUUUUCCCAAAAGCACGCACCAUCUUGCCCAUUAUCAAGUUUUGUUCGAGCUAUCUGAUUGGGAAUCGUCAUGGAAGAAAACAGGGUGCACGAACAUUGAGACCAUACAAUAGAAACAGAAAUAAGUUUAUGUUGUCAUGUUCUCUUCUGUUUGCAUGCACGCCUUCAGUUGUUUACAAAAAUUGGUGUUUGUUGUGAGCAUAAUUUGUUUUCUCCUUUCUCACCCUCACGUUUUCAUUUUUUAGUUUGUGAUGUGCCCAUGAUUGCACGUUUUUUAAUUUUCGAACUAAGUAUUGCAGUCAUUCACAAUUUUUUUUGUGCACUGCAUCAGAGGCAGACGUUGUUGCGUGAAAUAAAAGUGAUAUUAUUUUUUCAUA